GUACCCAGAAGACGAAGUUUGAAAGCGGAAAGACUUGAGCUGGAUGUACCAGUCGCUUUUAUAAUCUUUAAGAGACUCCGAAAACCUUAAGGUGAAAGUGGUACCUCUUGCCUGGCCAAGACCUUGCUAGAUCGAUGAGUUGGUAAAUCAGGCGUACGCCUUUACGGUACUGCUACCUAUUGCUAAACGAAGCGUUGAAUCAGAACGGAAGCUAAAACCAGUGUUCAUUAUGCAGUACGUAGUGCUAUUCAGUGGAUUAUGUCUGUGCAGCGUUGCCUAUGGAUACGAAAGGUCGAUAUCGUCAAGAUCAUCCAGAUACUUAUCGUCACCAUGGGGAUCACGUCGGCAUCGACAUUCGUCGUCGCACGCGUUACCUCGAUCGAGUGCGUCGUUAAGCAAGUACAACACCCGCAUUUCUGAGGACAUUCGGACGCCUAAACGAUUUGACUCAUACGUCCCAAUACUGAAUACGCCGCCAACUGAUGACGCGCGUUUACAAAAAGAGUACCCAUUGGGGACCAGCAGAGGCCUUCGGCGACCAAACAGGAACUCAUUUGCUGUUGACAUUAAGCUGGUUAAAGCUGAGAAGCAUUUCUUCGAGAUGGAGGUCAGAGCCGCAUGUGCAUCUCCUAGAGAACGUGUUAUCUGCGUGCAGGACCAUUAUCCUGAUGCCGAUAUUAUCUAUCAACCGGCGUGCACGAUUCUGCAUAGAUGUGACGAGCACAGCGGAUGCUGUGAGCCACCGAAGAAAUGUCAAUCCGCGUCGUCUGAGCAGGUGGCGCUGUUCUUCAAAACAUCGGAUACUACGAUACCGGUGAUUAAGUUUGACUUCACGAAUCACACUUCGUGCCGAUGUGAUGUCGAUGAAAUUGGCGCCGUCGCACCGGCUCCGCCAGAAGUUUCGCAUUUAGAUUCGGGUCACGAGCUAGAGAUAGAGGAACAUUUCGAUGACGAGCUGCAGGACGAAUUUUUAAUGGACAGUACUCUGAAUAGUUGUCCACGAUGCCCAAGACUUUUUAGUAAGCGCUUUGAGCGUGGUCUCUGUAAAUGUGAUUGCUUCGACGGGGACUCGCUUUGCAAAAGCAUAAAAAGCGGUCGGGAGAAGCUUAGCGAAGAGGAGCGGCGCUGCAUCCAGCGAAACGCCUGCAACAAACCGACAUGUGCUGCGGGUCACUAUUUCAACGUGGACUUUGGCGAGUGUCGAAAACCAAGCUAUGAAAAAUUAACGCUUAGUGAUGAGGAAAAACAAGCACUGAGCUCGAGUCUGCUCGAAGGAGAAUCUGACCUUACAACACUGGAGCUAAACAAAGAAGAGAAGGCAACGACGAAUGACAAAGAUGCAAACCUUCACGAUGGAAUCACAUCAUAAGAAAAUCGUCAACAUAAACGCGGCCAUUGCAAUAAACACGCAUAAUACUCUAUCAUUUCUAUCAUGUAUAUUUAUAAUAGGUUCCUAUUAAUGGAAGGCCGGACGCACUGAACGUGAACGCGCCUAAUUCAAGCUAAAAUUAUUUUAGGUGCAACGCCUCCCAUUAGUUAGAUUUAUUACCAAAUAGACUUCACCGCGCACCGGUUCUGCAUUAAUUAAUUUUUUAUUGUUGCUAUAGCCAGCCUAAUGUAAAUUUUAGCGUAUACCAACAGUCAAUUAUCCCGUCACGGUUAUUCUGCCCAUUUGUUUGCCAGCCAUUUCUCCAACCUCGUCACACUAGUUUUAGCUUUCCAAUGGAUGUUCAUUUUCAUUUCAUUGGCAAGUUGACAUGGUCAGUUGGAUUUAAGUAUUAAUUUUAGGUAUAUUAGUCAAAGUUUAUUUGUUAUCACAAAUUGCAAAAAUCCAAUCAUUCAUCCCAAAUCCUGAAAAAUAAGCCACAAACUAGGAAUUUUUUAACGGAUCGUUGAGCUAACCGCUAAGACUGCUUAGUUUUGAUAAAUUUAUAUUACCUUCUAUGUAAUAAGCAAAACUACGCACUUACCAAAAAAACUAAUCGGCUCUAUCUUAUGUAUAGUUCUUGAUGAAGUUAACCUUUAGCAAUGCACCAAAAAAAAAUUCGGGACUAAUUUGGGUCACGGUUACGUAGUUUUAGUAGUUUACAUAAAUAAAUAACUUAUCAUAGGCUAUGUUAAAUAUAUACCAUCGCCAAUUCAUGAAAGAAACGUGUUACGGCCGUUAUACAAAUAAAUCGACCCGUAACUAACGGACAAACCUUGUUGAUAGGAAUGGAGUUAGUCGUUAAGGCCGCCAUAGUCCCAACCGUUUACAAGUCGUUCUUUCAAGUACAAAGCCUAUUGUUGCCUUUUCGUUAAUUUUGCUCGGUCGAAAAUUACAGAUAUUAAUAUAAAUCAAUUACAUAGAAACCUUACAGAUAUUGAUGUUAAAAACUUCUCUGUAUAUAAAACUCCUUAAGUUAACUGUUCUUAAUAAAUAGCCAACAUUUCAAUGAAAUUGUCACCUAAGAAAGAUGCGCAUUCAUUUUGCUAUUAAGCAAAAUGUUUUAAUUGUAUUAAAAUAAUCAGCAUUCGAUCACGUUGCAUGUUUUUUUUUCUAGAACCUUCGGUCGGCUACACACUUGAGGGUUGCCUUUUUGGGUUUGAAAUCUUUGCAAACUCAACAAACAGUUGUUGAUAAUUUAGGGAUGACGACCCAUUAGGCUGUUCUACAUUGUUUGCGUUUUAUCAGAAAUGUACAAAAGGCAGGAAAAUGGGUUUCCUGAAUGCAUAUAACGAAGAGCUAUGUCAGACACAACAUGGUGAGUUGGCAAGACAACUAUUUUUUUCCUUUAGAUUUUCUGGCAACGAGAAGCGGAUUUUCUCCCUAUUAACAAAAGUUGAAAAGCAAACUAUUUACCGAAAGAAACCUUUGUGCGCGUUAAGCGUAACUUGAAAAAAUUUGCUUCUUUAUUAAGAGUUCACUACGUAAUUUUCACCGGACUUUACAUCUAGGUAUUUACCACGGUAGCAUUUUGGAACUUUAGCCAGUGUUUGUUAACGGCAGCAAAACCAAUAAGUUUUACACCUUGCUCCGUCCCUGGCGUUGGAUCACUACUUGUUUUAGUUAACUAUUUCGACCUGAAAUAAAACUCAUGAGUUUUUAAAUUCCAAUGAAACGUCUGCUGUAUAACGCCAUAGUUGUCAACUACUUAGAUUGGACAGCUGAUUUAAAAAAAAAAGUCCCGCUUAUCGAUCAACGCAGCCAUCAGAUAUUUUUUCAUAAUGCCUGCGCUAGUUCAUACGAUUGUUUAUUGUACGCCGGAAAAGAAUUAGUACACAUUAAAAAAUAUAUAGUAGUAUAUGAAGGUUGCCUCAGAAAGAAACAUUCUGAGUAUGUGUUGACUGCAUUGACGAUAUAACAGAUUCGGUUUCAGUGACUAUAACAUAAACCUCGAAAAUUACAAACUUAACGUGGAUUGUGUUAAUACUGCAAAUUAGUACUUUAAGCUGCUGUCUUUCUUGUUAACCACAUAAUGCACUGAAAAUAAGUUAUACGGUAACAAAUAAACCAUGUGAUAUAUAUAUUUCCAUAAUUUACCGCUGAAGAUCUUUCCUUUUCUAAUUGAUGCAUUUUUUAUUUUCCGUUACUAUCGAGAGAUUUGUUGCGGAAAGUGUGGCCGAUUGGAAAGGCUUCCUUCUCUCCCUGUCUGCGGAAUUCUCUAAUAAAUUAAAAUAUUGGCGUUCCCAUUUUUUUUCCUAGUGCGAAAAUUGCCCCUGGGCAUGGGAUGUCAGUUAGUCAAACCGAAAAACAAUCAGUACAAGACAGCAAAAGAGGCAAGUGAUUUCAAUUGUAAGAUGGGUAUCAGAAGUUGAUACUACC